UUUAUUCCUGUGACUGAGUUAAGUUAGAUAAAGGCGUGUGAUGGGUGGGUUACUUUAGGAGGAAGGACCUCCUCUUUAUUAGAAGCGCUCGAACAGAUCACUGGAGCAUUUAGACGUGAAGGAAGAAGGAAACAGUACAUGAACAUACAAAAGGCUGAUUGUAUCAAUCUGCAGAUUUCAAUGGACUUGGUCAUUGUUGUAGCUCUUGUAGUUCUGCAAGUCUCCCUGCAGCCAUCUCUUGCAGCCUUGUUUACAGUGGAGGCAGAGCACACUUCAUAUAAUUCUGAGUAUGGAGGAAGUGUUGUGAUGGGCUGCAGGUUUUCUUCCAAACCAGCAAAUCCUCAAAAUGACCUCAAGGUUGUCUGGCACUUGACGGACACCGGUCCGGAUCAGGAAGUGAUACGGCUGGUAGACAACUUGGAGAGCUCUGCGUCUUCAAAGUUCAAGGGUCGAGUGAAGCUUCUCACCGAUGAACUGAAAAAUAGCUGGGCAAAGAUACAGAUAUCAGAUCUUAGGAUCACUGACUCUGGGACGUAUCAGUGUUUGGUUCAAACAACAGAAGGAACCGAUUAUAAAACUAUAACUUUGUCAGUUGGAGCACAAUAUCACUCGAUCUCAAAACGGAUUGAGAGGACGGCACAGGGGGAUAAAGUAGUGUUAACCUGCCAGUCUGAGGGAUACCCUAUGUCACCCGUUGUGUGGCAGGAUGAGCGUCUGCAGAGUUACAUUUCCAACACCACAACGACAACAACGCCAGACGGUCUCAUUAAAGUCGUCAGUCAGAUCGAAGUCAGCUCUUCAGAGAAAACAAAAUACACAUGUAACUUUACAAAAGACCACUCGUCUGCAACAUUUCACAUUCCAGAUGAUAUACCGCCCCGUCAAGGAGAAAAUGACAUCCUCAUCGUCGUGUUGUGUUUAGGAUUAGUACUGACUGCCAUUGGUUUUGGAGUGGUCAUUUACAGACGCCGAAAAGGUGCCAGAACUUCCAGGACCCACAGCUGCCUGGCUGGUGAUGAGGAGUCCAUGUCUGCAGCUGCCUGCCUACAGAAAGACAAAGCAAAAGAAGUUGAGGAAAUAGUUAUUACUGAAGGGAAGGGAUGCCAGUGAGACUCCAGGAUCUACUCCCAAAUAAGUCUUGAAGUCUUGUUAUCUGAGGGAGGGACCUCCUGGAGGAGGGAAAGCAACCAUAGCUGACAUCCUGCUCUCUUCUUGGACCAAUGCUGCUUCUAAUUUCCUUGAUGCCAGCUUUCUGGAUCAUCUUAU